UUUCUUUUCGUUUUUUUUCUUUAUAUCAUAUCAAUGUCUAGUAUUGAUAAAGAUGAAACAACAAUCAUCACAGAAUUAAAUGAAAAGAUAAUUUCUAUAGACCACAUUGAUGAUAGUAUCAGACAUUCACAUACAAACAAAAAGGAAGAUUUUAUUCAUCAACAUCAUCAAGAAAUCAUGUCAUCCACUAAGGAGAAAGUAUCAAGACAACAUUGGUGGCAAUUUUGGAAAGUGGAUCUUGAACAAAUGGCAAUGAAACCAAUAGAUUUUCCUCGAAGGACAAAAAGAUUAAUCUUGAUGACCAUUGCUCUUGCUACUUUGAUUGCACCUAUUUCAACGACUAUUUAUAUGCCUGCUUUAGUCACCAUUCAAACUGCAUUGAAUACUGAUGACACGACAAUGAAUGCAACCUUAUCGGCAUUUACUUUUACUAUUGCCGUUUGUCCUAUCUUUUGGUCAGCUCUUGGUGAUGCUUAUGGAAGACGUCGAGUUUACUUAAUAUCAUUUAUCAUAUAUAUCUUUGGUUCAGUAUGUUGUGCAUUGUCUGUCAACAUUGGUAUGUUCAUUGCAUUUCGUAUCGUUAGUGCCAUUGGUUCUUCUUCAGUAAUGAGUAUGGGAGCAGGAACUAUUGCUGACGUCUUUGCGCCAAGUGAAAGAGGUCGUGCCUUUGCAAUGUACGCAACUGGUCCUUUAUUGGGACCUGCACUUGGCCCUAUUAUUGGUGGAUAUCUUAAUCUUGGACUUGGAUGGAGAAGUGAUUUGGCGUUUGUUGCUAUCUACGGAGUCAUCAUCUGGUUAUGCAUUCUCUUCUUUCUUCCUGAAACCACAAGAUAUCCUCCUGCUUUACCUGGACAACUUCCUCUCAAACGUAGUCUCAAGAAUCCUUUCUCUGCAUUAAUGUACUUCAAGUAUACAAAUAUUUGGCUCUCCAUUGCCUAUACUGGAUUAUCUUUUUUAUUCUUCUAUAUGGUAAAUACAACUUUUACUCGGACAUUGACAGUACAAUACCGGCUCAGUACAGGUACAGUUGGACUCUGUUAUUUACCAUUGGCUGGAGGUGCAAUUGUAGGGAAUCAAAUUGGAGGACGUUUAUCGGAUCGUAUAUAUAAUCGACGUGUUGCUGCCGCUGGGGAAAAUCAAAUCUAUCCUGAAAUGCGUAUCAGUGGUAUUGUCAUUGCUCUCUCUGUUGGUUUGGCUUGUUGUGGUUACGUUGCCUAUGGAUGGUGUAUCACUAAAAAUGUUCAUUAUGCUUUUGCAUUGGUGGCUAUCUUUUUUUGUAAGUACUAAAAUAAAUAAUAAUAAUAAUUUAGAAUACAAACUCUUUUUCUUCUUUAUUUUGUAGUGACGGCUGGUUUGAUGGCCCCCACAGUGACUUUAAAUACUUAUAUGGUCGAUUCAUUCAAAGGUCGUAGCACUUCUGUCAUGGGUAAGAGCUGACCUAUCAUGUAUUUUGGAUUCAAAAAAAAAAAAAGAAAAAAAAAAGGAAUGAGCUGAUUUUUUUUUGUUUUCUUCUUGUUAACAGCUUGUAAUUCCUUGGUUCGGUUCUCCUGCGCUGGUAUAGGCUCUUUGAUUGCUUCGGAUUUACAGCAUGCUCUUGGGGAUGGGAUCCUUUUUUCUAUUAGUGGUGGGAUUGUAGUACUUCUUUCUACAGUAGUGUUCUAUGUCAAGGCAAAUCCUCAGCGAUGGUUAGAUGAACGUAUACGGGAUGGUCUUUAGUUUAGUAGUAUUUAUUUAAUUUGAAUGUAGAUAUAGACCUUUAUUAAUAAAUAACAGUAAUCGU